AUGAUACCACCAACACAGGGACGGAGCCCUGUGACCGAUAUUCUUUGUCACUCUUACACGUCCUCUCGAAACCUUUUCUCCUCUUCAAUUUCUCAUUCUCAGUCACUUUUCCGCUUCUUCUUCUUCUUCUCCCCCUCCUCCUCCUUCUUCUUCAUCUCCUCCUCCUCCCUCUUCUUCUUGAUCCUCUUCUUGCCUCAAGAUAUUCUUUGUCACUCUUACACGUCCUCUCGAAACCUUUUCUCCUCUUCAAUUUCUCAUUCUCAGUCACUUUUCCGCUUCUUCUUCUUCUUCUUCUUCUUCUCCCCCUCCUCCUCCUUCUUCUUCAUCUCCUCCUCCUCCCUCUUCUUCUUGAUCCUCUUCUUGCCUCAAGAUAUUCUUUGUCACUGUUACACGUCAUCCCGAAACCUUUUUCUCCUCUUCAAUUUGUCUUCUUCUUCUUCUUCUCCUCCUUCUCCCUGUUCUUAUUGUUAUUUUCUCUUCCUUCUCCUCGCUUUUCUUCUUUUCCUUCUUCUUCUUUUUCUUCUUCUCCCUCUUCUUCUUCCUCUUCUUAUUCUUCUUCAACCCGAAAAGCUGUAA